GGAGAAAGUGGUUUCCGCUACUCUUGGAGUUUGGAGCAAUGAAUCGCCACAAACAUAUUGAAAAAUCCAUGGCCUCUCCAUUUCCAUUUCCAUUACCAUUACCUUUACCAAGCACUCCAUCACUGAAUCUCGCCAUCUCCCUCUCUCGCAUGAUCGUAGUUGAAGAUGGAGAAUUCUCAAGACGAUCUGUUGUGUAUCAGAUGUCGGAUCAAGAAGAGGAGCAGAUAUGGCAAUAGAGAUCACGACACUGAAGGCCAGAACAACUGCCGUAACAUGGGAGCCAGUUUCUAUGAUUUCUUCUGCUCUUUGCUCUUUUCCAUCUCUUGUCUUGCCUGCUUGCUCUACUCCGAGCUCAUCUUUGGCUAUGGCGACGCUGGAGAUUCUUCUUCUGUAAACAAAAGCACUGUUUGCCCUAGUAAUGGAAACCAGAAGCUGGGUGAACACGCCUAUUCAUCCAGAGCAAAUGGAAGAAACAGUAUGAACUCAGGAUCGUCUUUUGAACUUAAUGUGUCAAUGAACUGUAAUGAAUCCUAUGUUCAUCACAGCUAUGCAAAUUCCAAUUACUCACUUCUAGAGUCAAAGGAAUUUGAAGAAGCAAUUUUGAGUGCACUAGGAUAUUCAUCUUUGAUGUGUAAAGUUCAACAGCCAGAGAAGAAGCCACGCUCAGCAAAACAUCAGGAAGGUCCUGGUAGCAGAAGUUCUCACUCCACUUAUCUUAAUUUGGAUGAAUUCCGCAACAUUACAAUGAAAGAUAAAGAAGGAAAAAUGCCUGAUCAGUUAGUUAACAUCACUCAUCGGCUUGAACCUGAUGGAUCGGAUUACAACUAUGCAUCUGCGUCGAAGGGUGCAAAGGUGGUUGCUCAUAACAAGGAGGCAAAAGGAGCAUGUAAUAUAUUGGAGAAAGACCAUAAUAAGUACCUGAGGAAUCCUUGUUCUGUGGGAGGGAAGUAUGUUGUGAUUGAGCUCUCAGAAGAGACCUUAGUUGAUGCUGUGAAAAUUGCAAAUUUUGAACAUUAUUCUUCUAAUUUCAAGGAAUUUAACUUGUCUGGCAGUUUGAGCUAUCCUACUGAAACAUGGUCUAAAUUGGGGAACUUUGUUGCUGCUAAUGUGAAACAGGCUCAAGUCUUCAAGCUGCCUGAACCACAAUGGGUUAGGUACUUAAAGUUGGAUCUGCUUAGUCAUUAUGGGUCAGAGUUCUACUGCACAUUGAGUAUAGUAGAAGUCUAUGGUGUUGAUGUCAUGGAGAGGAUGCUUGAAGAUCUCAUUGUCACCUCUUCAGAAGCUAUGCCCAAGAAAAAUUCCCUAGACGAGCCUAAUUCAACCGUGUCGCCUUCUUUAAAAUCAGAUGUUGGCGCAGCUAAUGAGAUAGAAAAUGAUGAAAAUAACUUAUUGAGGGCUGGGGCAGGGACAGAAAGCAUGGAUGAUCCGACGAGUCUUGGUCUAGAGGUUGCAAAAAACCCCAUGAAUGUUAACAAAUUUCCUGACCCUGUAAUUGAAGCUAGACAACAGCUAAACGGUAGAAUACCUAGUGACACUGUCCUGAAGAUCUUGAUGCAGAAGGUGAGGUCACUUGAGACUAAUUUGUCUGUGCUAGAGGAUUAUACCAAAGAAAUGAACCGACGACAAGGGAAACUUUUACCAGAUCUUGAGAAAGAGAUGGAUAGAAUAUCAUUGCUUCUGGAGAAUACUAAGUUAGUCAUCAAGGAUCUCAUGCUUUGGAAGGAAACGACUGAAAAAGAACUGGCUCACUUCAAAUCAUGGAAGAUGGUUGCUAUAUCGGAAAUGAAUGAAUUGGUCAGAGAGAAUAAUAUGCUCAGCUUAGAUAUUGAAAAAAUAUCCAGCGACCAAACCAUGCUAGAAAGCAAAGAACUUGCGGUGCUAGCCGUGAGUUUUCUUUUCAUGUGCAUUGCAACUCUGAGGCUACUAUCUGCUAGAAUUCUCAUGUUCAUUGGAGAUUGUCAAUCUGGGAAGACGUGCUCGACGAAUGGGGUUUGGGUAUGGAUACUUGUUAGCAGCAUGAUGACGGUAAUCCUUGCUUUUAUAUAUAGUUAGCAACUGUUAUUUCAUUUUUGUAGUUCUAGUUUGGAUACCCUUCACCCUUUAUGGAAAAAUACAGAGGAGAAAGCUUCAUUCACCAUGGAUUGUUAACCCUGUAAAACAAGACCAUAGAAAGGAUCCCCGGAGAUGGAGGAAAAUGAGGUAAGCUGGAACCCUUUCCUCCUUAGCCCUUCAAUGUCCCUUUUACUCUGAUGUAUUCUUCAAACGCGGCUAAUUUUAGGUAUUAUAAAUAUAUUUGACUGAGCUCUUCUAUUUUGACUGUGUAUCAUAGCUAUCAUAUUCUUCUUCUAGCCUCGGAAGAAUGCAAC